GAAAGGGAGAAAGAUGUUUAACUCGGUGAACCUGAGCAACUUUUGUUCCCAGUCACGCAAAGAGAGGACUACCGAAUUUGGAGACAGGACAGGCUGCACCUCCAACCUGUACCUCCCCAGCUGCACCUACUAUGUACCCGAAUUCUCCACCGUUUCCUCUUUUUUGCCCCAGGCCCCUUCUCGGCAGAUCUCUUACCCUUAUUCCACUAACCUUUCCCAACCAGUUCGGGAGGUAUCUUAUGGCUUAGACCCUUCCAGUAAAUGGCAUCCUAGAAGUAAUUACGCCUCUUGCUACCCUGCAGCAGAGGAUCUGAUGCAUAGAGAGUGCCUCCCUCCUUCUUCUAGCAUGACCGAAAUGCUAAUGAAAAACGAAAGCGUGUACAGCCACCAUCACCACCACCACCAUCACCACCAUCCCAGCGCUAACCACCCUUCCUCAGGAUUCUAUUCCAGCAUGAGUAAGAACACAGUGUUGCCACAAGGAUUCGAUCGCUUCUUUGACAAUGCAUACUGUGGGGCAGACAACCCUACCGAAGACUGUGUGUCCAAGAGCGAUGGCAAAGUGGACAGUGACCCCCAGGCUAGUGCACUGUCAACCGGAGGGGACCAGGGUCUGGAUCCGGAAGACGAGGAGGAAAACACUAACCCAGGAUCAUCAGCCUCGUCCACUUCGGUUAACAAUAAGGAUGCAAAUAAAAGCAGCAAUUCCAGUGCCCCUCGUACAAGGAAGAAGAGGUGUCCCUAUUCUAAAUUCCAGAUCCGAGAACUGGAGAGAGAGUUUUUCUUCAAUGUGUAUAUUAAUAAGGAGAAGAGGCUCCAGUUGUCUAGAAUGCUGAAUCUCACCGACCGCCAGGUUAAAAUAUGGUUUCAAAACAGAAGAAUGAAAGAGAAAAAACUAAGCAGAGACCGACUGCAGUAUUUUUCUGGGAAUCCGUUGCUGUGAACAUGUUGAUGGUGUAAAUUGAAUGCACUGUACUGGUGAGGAGUGUUUGUCCUGCAGAGGAUAGGAACAUGGCUUACAUUCUGAGUCCUCACUCAAGCUCAGAGUACCAGCCUCAUUCUGUUACAUAUUACAAGGUAACAAAAGGAGGAGCACUUGGUAGGACUGAACAGCAUUUAAGGACAGACAUGAACUUCUUUUUUAUUUAACUAACUGCUGAAGAAAUGGAUUCUUCAAUUUGCUAGAUCAUUCAUUUCAAAAAGCCUAGAACUGUGAAAACAUGAUUAUUCUUGCUAUUGUUUUUAAUAGACUAUAAGGACGCGCCUAUCACAAUGAAGAUAAUGGCCAAAGUUUUUAUGAAUCCACGAAUUGUGUUCUUAUAUUAUCGAUAUUUGUGAGUGUAUGUGUGUGUAUGUGUUAAGGGAGAGAGAGAUGUGUGCGUGUUUGUGUGUCUAUGUGUGUCUGUACAUGCAUAUCUAAAAUACAUUUUCUUAGUUAUUUUUCCUGUUGUUUAACAUGUCCCCAUUUGGACCUAUUUCCCUGCCUCAAAAUUUGUUGUAAUAAUUGUUAGUGUGUUUUACAUCAGAGACAAAACACAACUUACAAUGUGUUUGCGCUUUCUCCAUUUUUCUUGUUUAGAUUAAACAAACAAACACAUUAGACACCUUCAAGGUAGGUAUGCAGAUAUAUAACACACAUAUAUACCCACAUGAUACAUACCUUGUAGUGUGUUUAUUCAGCUAAAAAGAAAACACAAGCACGCGCACACACAUAUAUUUACAAACACUCACAUACACAUAUAUGUGUGUGUUGUAUGUGUCUGUGUGAGUUUGUGUGUAUGUGUAUGUUUUGUAGAGAUUUUGGAUGUGUGGUAGCAUUUCCACCAUUUCCACUUAGCUGGUCCUUUCACAGUGUUAUUUUUUUUUUUUUUGUAUUUUGUAUUUGCCUAUGAUUAAAUGCCCAUAGGAGUCAUAGUAAACAUGUCUUCAUGUACAGAAAAAAACAUGGAAGGAAGUGACUCCUUGUUGGAUAUGUGCAAUAUUAUACAGUUCUCAUAUUUUCACCAAAUUGGUUUGGCCCAAAGAAAUCAAAUGUAACAUGUCAGCAUUUUCCAAUUUUCAAACAUCCUUUUUCAUAGUAUAAAAAAGAAAAAACCUAAAAAUAAAAAGAUGGUAUUUUUUUUAAACAUAAGUAACAAAAAGUAACAAUUUACAAAAUCAACCUGGUUACAAUUUUCUUUUAAAUAGGGUCCGAAUUGUGUUAUAUACAUAAGCACAAAUGUUUAAUUGACAAAGAAAAAAACAUACAAAAUAAACACAAAAAUCGGUGUCUACAAACAGAUCGGGUUACUCACGAAUAAAAACUACAGUUUAUCGGCAAUGUUUCAUGCAUGUAUCUUUCUGUAUACAAUAAAUA